CACAAGGCGUUCCAAGACAGGCCCCAGUUCAUAAUAUGCAGAGAGUCGGAGAGUAAUUGCGUGGGGAAAGGCAGGACGCAGAACACGCUUGCAGAGUUUUCACCGAAUUUUUUAAAAAUUGUCAUAUUUUGACCAUUAUAUCCGAGAUGCCACGUAACCGGGGCUACAGUGGAGAUAACUCCUACACCAGCAGCUACAACUACGGCGACUCCUACACCACCAACAGUGGCAGUGCAGGCCGGUCCGGUGGGUCGCGUUAUGGCAACGACUAUGACUACACUGGGUAUUACCAAGAUUCUGGCUCAUCAGGCUACGGUGGAAUGUCAAACUUUGGUUCAACAUCAACUAGCCUUGCAGGGAUCGGCGGCUUUGGAAGUAGUAAUUCAAACUUUGACAAGUUACAGGAACAACUAAAUCUGAGAGAAUCUCAGUUGGCAAUGGCAAGCAAUCUGCUACAACAGCAGAGUCGACUGAUCGCUGAUGUCCAGUUGAACGUACCUGAGCAAGGCAGGGAUAGGAGGAACUACGGGCAGGAUAGAAAGAGAUCGGGAUCUGAUUAUCGAAUGGAUAAUAAGCGCCGGAGAAGAGAUUCGGAUUCAUAUGGAGACGAUAGAAGAGACCGUGGUUAUGGUGGUCGACAAGGCGGCGGUCCAAGAUAUCAAGGAGGCCGUCAAGGAAUGCAGCAAGGUCGCCAAGGAUACAGACAAGGCGCAGCCCGAGGGGGCUUUAGCCCAGGAAGGAGAGACAGGCGUGGUGGCGCUAACAGGCAGGGUGGCAAUGGAACUAGAGGAGCAGGAGAACGCAGAAAUUCUCAAGGCGACAACAGGAGGAAGAGGGGAGAACAGCUGAGGAAGCCCAAAAUAGUGCCAAGAGUGAGCAAGGAGUUGUCUCGUCACUACUGUCAUAUCUGUGAAGUGGAAUGUUUCAAUGAGAGGAACUACCAGAACCAUCUGUCCGGAACCCGCCACAAGGAGAAGGCAGAUGAGCUUGAAGAGAACCCUACUAGGAAGGCUGAGGUUGAGGCAAGAAUUGCCAAACAAGAAGAAGAGAGAGCUAAACCUUUGCCAGAAAAAGAGGCGACUGACCACUGUGACAUCUGUGACCUUGACAUUCAUGUUAGUCUGGCAAGUCACCUGAAGUUUAAGCAGCAUAGACACCGAGAGACGCAGGUGAAGAGAGGUUGCUCGUGGUGUAACGUAGGGGGCUUCUCCAACUUCUCUGAAGUCCUGGCUCACAGACUGACAGACCUCCACAAGGAGAUGCGUGAGCAGUUUGGUGGGAGACUUCGCCCAGAUGUUAUCCCCAAACCUGAAUACGUUGAAGUGGAGGAAAUUCCCGAAUUUGUGGCCGAUACCCCCAUGGGAAAGGACUAUGUGGUACCAGUGACUGGGUUCUUCUGCAAGCUGUGUAAUAAGUUCUACAAGAAGGAGGAAGCGGCCAAGCAGAACCACUGCUCCUCUGAGGCUCACUAUGAAAAAUGGAAGCAAGCCAAGAUUGAUGCCGUCACUGAGUAUCAGACCAAGCUUGCAGAACAAAAGGAGAGAGAGGUAGCUGCCAAGAAGAAAAUUGAGGAACUCGCAAAGAAGAAAGAGGAAGAGGCAAAAGCAAAGGAAGACGAGAACAAUGAUGGCGAGGUGAAAGAUGAGAAGAUGGACACUGACGGAGAGACACCAGCGACAGAGGAGAACCAAGAGGAGACCGACCAGGUCAAGUCUGAAACCGAACAGAUGGAAACUGUCCAGGAUACUGAAGCCACUGAAGAAGAACAGCUGAAAGGAGAUGAGGAAGCUGUUCCUUUGGAGGAAGGUGAUGAAGAGAAGCUUCUCUCUAAGGAUCCUACUGGGGAUGAGGCUGAAGGGGAGGGGGAGGUUGAGGAGUGGGUCGGAGAAGCAGAAGCUGAGGUGGAGGAAGAGGCUCAAACUCCCACCAGACGUGGGAGGCGAGGUGCAAGAGGAAGAGGCCGUGGACGUGGCAAAAAGUAAAGGGGAAGACGUCGCCUUUUUCUUUCAUUUGCAAAGUCUAAUUUCAGAAAAAUUCUGUUUUAAAUGGAAUUUAUUUCAAUGCUUUUGAGUAUUUAGGGGAUUAAUCAUGUCUGUCAUUGCUUAUGAGCAGAAUUGAGUCCUGUGCUACUCAUUGUUGUGCAGCUCAUUCAUCACAUUGGUUUUAAACUUGUACCAAAUGUACUUUUCAUGUUUAUUGUUCAUAUUGCCCUACAUUUAUCAAUGUUCUGUGACAAGUCAGAACAUAGAAGCUUGGUGUCAUAUAUGUCACAAUGUUUUAUGUUUUUUUAGAAAGUUUUGAAGUUAAGAGCUAAUUUUAUGGAGAACUAUGUUUUAUAGGGAAUUGCUUUGUCCAUCAUUUCAGCUUUGUUGACUUGGUGCUUCUAUUUUUUUGGGUUGGGGGGGGUGGGGAGUGUUCACCCUUAUCAGACUGUUGUUUGAAGUUACUCGUAUCGUCAUGUUCGUCUGCUGUAUGCAAAUGAAGUUGUCAUAAGCAGCCAUUGUUGAACCAGAUUGUAAUCAUGCAGUGUUCUAAUGUGCCAGAAGAAUGCCCUCAAUAAGGACCUGAAAGAAUUCAUGGUACAUUGAUCAUGUAUUAUGCAGUAACUACUCUAGGGCUUACAGUUUGAUUGUGAAGUUGUUUGAUGGCAAACAUUGUUAUCUGCCAUGUACAAGGCUGCUUUUCUUUCAUAGUUCAUGAUCUUGCCUGUUCUCAUGAUCCCAUGCCUUUAUUACAUCACUGUUCAUUUCAUCAUGAUUGUAUGGGCAAAUGCUGUUCAAGUCUUAAAAGUGUUCUAUUCUAUGGCAUGGUAUCUAUUUGGAGAUUUGCACAAUUUUCAAAUAUUGAAUUGGAAACAAUGAACAUUGCUGACAAUAAAAUCAUGUGUAAGUGAAAAAA